GACUACUACUGGUGGCAAGCUUGUGUUUAUGUUCAGAUGAGCAGACAUACUAGACUUGUGACUGCCAUUUAGUUCACUGAGCUAAAUCUAAAUGGUAGCUGUAAUAAUCACUUUGCCUACUUGCAACAAGAGGAAACGUAUCGUUCGCAGAUUAGGGUUAGUAAGCAAUUGAAAGACCGGGACAACAUACCACGGGGGUUCUUUGAGAGCACAGCCCGCGUCGUAUUUACAGGCUUCAGUGAAGCAUCACACUGAUGCUGGGCUAACAUUUUGGAGGGCUGCUAUCGAGAGCUUCUGUCAGCUGGACCUCGGAAGAAUGUCGCAUACAGGGCCACCUCCACGAUGGAUGAAUUGUCCACGAAGAGGGCAGCCUGUAGCAGCCAAAUUUCUUCCCUUGAAAACAAUGCUGGGUCCUCGAUAUGAUGACCAGGUUGCAGAGGAAAACCGUUUUCACCCAAGCAUGUUGUCAAAUUAUCUAAAAAGUUUAAAGGUGAAGAUGGGAUUACUAGUGGACCUGACCAACACCACUCGUUUCUAUGACCGGAAUGACAUUGAAAAAGAGGGCAUCAAAUAUAUCAAACUGCAGUGUAGAGGUCACGGGGAGUGUCCGACAGCUGAAGUUACUGGCAUGUUUAUACGGUUGUGUGAGCACUUCAUGGAGAGAAAUCCCACAGAACUGAUUGGUGUCCACUGUACACAUGGCUUCAACCGCACAGGCUUCCUCGUAUGUGCUUACCUGGUGGAAAAGAUGGAUUGGAGCAUAGAGGCAGCAGUGGCCGCGUUCGCCCAGUCCAGGCCGCCGGGCAUUUACAAAGCGGACUAUCUGAAGGAGCUCUUCCGUCGCUAUGGCGAGGUAGAGGACGCGCCCGCCGCCCCCCAGCUUCCUGAUUGGUGCUUCGACGAGGACGGCGGCGACAUGGACGACGACGGCAACACGAUUGGCCAGGAGUCCGGCCCCUCCGGCCCUUCCGGCCCCUCCGGCUCCUCAUCGGCACCCUCAGGGAAGAAGAAGAAGGAGAGGUUAAAAUUGGGCGCCGUCUUCUUGGAAGGCAUGACUGUGAAAGGGGUCGUGCAAGUCACGGACCAUCCAAAGCUGGGAGAGGUUCAGAGAAAAUGUCAAGAGUAUUCAGCGUGGGACAGGUCUGGUUUUCCAGGUGCGCAGCCUGUCUCCAUGGAUGAGCGGAAUCUACAUUUCCUCAAGCAAAACGCCUACAAAGUCAGCUGGAAGGCGGAUGGAACACGGUACAUGAUGUUGAUAAAUGGAAGAAACGAGGUCUAUAUGAUCGAUCGAGACAACAGCGUCUUUCACAUAGAGAAUCUCGAGUUUCCAUUCCGAAAAGAUCCACGCAUACACCUCACAAACACCUUACUAGAUGGGGAGAUGAUCAUAGACAAGGUGAAUGGAAAACCAAUCCCAAGAUUCUUGAUUUAUGACAUAAUCAAGUACAUGGACAAUCCUGUGGGCCAGUGCGAUUUUGGCACACGUCUGAUCUGCAUCGAAAAAGAAAUUAUCUUCCCCAGACAAGAGAAGAUGAAGACGGGCCAGAUUGACAAAACAAAAGAGCCUUUUAGCGUCAGAAACAAACCGUUUUUUGACCUCCACGCAACAGGAAAGCUUCUGGCAGGGAGCUUUACGUCUCAAGUCAGCCAUGAAAUGGAUGGACUUAUUUUCCAGCCUAUGGGGAAAUAUAAAGCUGGUCGGUGCGACGACAUCCUGAAGUGGAAGCCCCCAAGUCAUAACUCGGUUGACUUCCGGCUGAAAAUCACCAAAGUUGGUGGUGAGGGGUUAUUACCAGAGACUGUGGGUCUACUCUACGUUGGAAGUUAUGACAGGCCCUUUGCACGGAUGAAGAUCAACAAGGAACUGAAAAAGUACGACAACAAGAUCAUCGAAUGCACAUUUGUCAACAACAGCUGGGUCUUCAUGAGACAAAGAGUAGACAAGAGCUUCCCGAACUCCUACGACACAGCAAUGGCUGUGUGCAAUAGCAUACAACACCCCGUCACAAAGGAGAUACUGCUGGAGUUUGUGGACAGGUGCGUGGCGCAGAUACAGACGCGCAAACACCCCUCGGACGGUGACACCAAACUCAUGCCCCCGCCACCUCCUAAGAGAGCCAACUUGGCUGUGCCAUAAGCGCUCUCUCUCUCUCUCCCUCUCUCUCUCUCUCUCUCUCUCUCUCUCUCUCUCUCUCUCUCUCUCUCUCUCUCUCUCUCUCUCUCUCUCUCUCUCUCUCUCUCUCUCUCUAUCCGGACAGUACAGCACAGCAGAUGUGGUUUGGGACUUUUUUUGUCAUGGCUCAUUCUUGGCAGGUACAGCUUAAUUAAAGCAGUUUUGUAGCGGAUCUUGUGACAUCUACGGAUAUACUAACAAGAGAUUAUUCAACAGUUCCUGGCUGUUUUUACGGAAGGUCUGAUACACACCCCACAACCCACCCCUCCACUCCCAGAGAGACACACACACACACACACACACACACACACACACACACACACACACACACACACACACACACACACACACACACACACACACACACACACACACACAAGCAUGCAUUGUCAUUGCUGUUUGUGUUGUUAAUGUUGGUUUUAUUGCGUUCAUUUUACCCUUUGUUUUGUUUUAGCGAAGCAGCUGUAGAUGCUGCCUUUGAGGAGUACAUCUCCUGUAGCUAACAGGCCUCUCAUCCUAUGGCUUAUCAUUGAACCUGGGUGUGUGCGUGUGCGUGUGUGGGUGUGGGUGUGUGUGUGUGGGUGUGUGUGUGUGGGUGUGGGUGGGUGUGCGCGUGUGUGUGUGUGUGUGUGUGUGUGUGGGUGUGGGUGUGUUUGAAUGACAGUUGUCACAAACAUGGGAUCCGUUUUUCUUUUUCCUUCUUUUUAUUUCUCCGAUAUCCAUCUCUUCACACACCCAUUCCUUUCGAUUGUAUCAGAAUCAGUUGUAUUUAAAAACAAAUACCAUCACCCAUCAAGUGACUGUUCCACCAUUUUUUUUUCUUUCUCUUGAUCCAUUAAAAUAUGAGGUCAAAGCUGUCAA